AUGGUUGUGAUCAAGCGUUUCCGAACGGUUUGGGGAGUUGAGUCAGGAGAUGAUUUCCAACACUGGAUCCCCUGGUUUCCUGAGUUGAGGAAAGAAGGCUUUACUGGUGUUGAGGUAGACAUCACAGACAGAGAUGUUAGUGACCUGAAGAAACUACGCCAGCUCUUGGAUGAGGCUGGCUUGGAAGCCACUGUCUUAAUUCACACAGCAUGGGCUGGCUACGUUGGUGGUCGCCCUACAGAUCUUACUCCUGAUGUCCACCUCGACAUCUACCGUGGAGAGCUAGAGCGCGCUAAAAUUCUAAAGCCUGUUAGAAUCAAUGCUCAAUCCGGCGGCGAUUACUGGUCAUGGGACGAAUCUGUCUACUUUUUCGAAAAGACCCUGGAAAUCGAUGACGAAUUAGGCCUGACAGGUCUCGUCAGUCACGAAACGCAUCGCAACCGUUCGUUGUUCACGCCUUAUGCAGCCAAGUACAUCUUGCCAAAAGUGCCAAAGCUGCGUGUGACAGCAGAUAUCUCCCAUUGGGUUGUUGUCUGCGAAAGACUUCUUGACCUUGGAGAGGACGAUAAAGAAAUCCUUGACAUCUUAAUUCCUCAUGUGACACACAUUCAUGCCCGUAUCGGAACGACGCAGUCUUCGCAAUGCCCUGAACCUGAAGAUCCCAUCUUCAAGGAGGAGCGACAAUUCUUUGAGAAGCUGUGGCUACGAAUUGUCAAGGCCCGCAGUAAAGACAGUGAUGUCAUCACGUUUGUGCCGGAGUAUGGUCCAUUCCCUUACCACCCUUAUGGAAGUGUUAGAACACACGGCGAGGUUGCAAACAGUGAAGGAGCGAGACUCCAGAGACUGUUUGAGGAUAGCUUGUGA